AUGAUUUUUACUUUCUUUUAUAUUACAUGCGUCAGUUCAUCCUCCAUUUGUCCAAUAUUUUCAUUUGACGCUGAUGCUUGUCUUUCAAUCUACGGAUGUGGCUAUUGCCUUGAACAAUCAAAAUGUUAUCCGAUCGAAUCAACAGAAACAGAAAUCCAAGCGUGCAAAGACCAUGGGCAAAUGAUUUAUACAGCAACAAAAGAACUUGGACGCUGUUUUAACACAUUUUCAGAUGAUGCAUGCUCAAAAUGCGUUUCUACAUCAGUAUUUGGCAACUGCGGCUGGUGUGAAUCUCUUGGUGUUUGCUUGGAAGGUACAGACACACAUGCAUUUUAUGCAAAUUGUAAACAAGAAGAUUGGAAAUUUAAUAAAUGGACUUGCAGUCGCUCUAUCUGCGCUUCUGCUAAAGACAUCGAUCAUUGUAGAAGUCCAUGCAGAUGGAAUUCAUUUCGCCAGCAGUGUUACAUGCCCAGAAACGUUUCAAUGGAUGUAGAUACAGAAGAAGAAGCCAAAUUAGGUCGCAAAGUAAUAUAUUUCCAGAGAUUUGUUUACUUCCUUGUAGUUUUAUUUGCUCUUUACGUUGCUGCAACAAUUGCGUUAGCAUAUUGGAGAUUUACUCGUCCUCUUUACGUAGAACUUGAUAAUCUUAAUUCAGUUAAUCUUGAUGAUUUACCUAUUAUGGAACAACGCUCAUAA